GGCGCCUGCCUGCGCGCCCCUUGGGGCCACCCCCGCACCCCGCUCGCCGGCGCCUGGCUCUCAUGAUGAUGAAGAAGAAGAAGUUUAAGUUUAAGGUGGACUUCGAGCUCGAGGAGCUCUCCUCGGUGCCCUUCGUCAAUGGGGUCCUCUUCUGCAAGAUGCGGCUGCUGGACGGCGGCAGCUUCACGGCCGAGUCCUCCAGGGAAGUGGUACAAGCAAACUGUGUUCACUGGAGAAAGAAAUUCUCAUUUAUGUGCAAAAUGAGUGCAAGUGCCACCACGGGCAUCCUGGAUCCUUGUAUCUACAGAGUGUCUGUGAGGAAGGAAUUAAAAGGCGGAAAAGCAUAUGCAAAGCUGGGCUUUGCAGAUCUAAACCUGGCAGAAUUUGCUGGAUCAGGAAAUACCACUCGGCGCUGUUUACUGGAAGGCUAUGAUACCAAAAAUACAAGACAGGAUAACUCCAUUCUUAAAGUUUUAAUAAGUAUGCAGCUGAUGUCUGGUGAUCCAUGUUUUAAAACGCCUCCCUCUACAUCAAUGUCUAUACCAAUUGCUGGCGAAUCUGAGUCCCUGGAAGAAGAUAGAAAAGGUGGAGAGACCCUGAAAGUCCAUCUUGGAAUAGCAGAUCUUUCAGCAAAGAGUACCUCUGUUCCAGAUGAACUCGGUGCCUGUGGACAUUCUAGAACAUCAAGCUAUGCAAGCCAGCAGUCAAAAGUAUCAGGGUAUAGUUCAUGUCACUCCCGGUCAUCUAGUUUCUCAGAGCUGUGCCACAGGAGAAAUACCUCAGUGGGAAGUACAUCAACAGGAAUUGAAAGUAUUCUAGAGCCAUGUGAUGAGAUCGAGCCAAAAAUAGCUGAACCCAAUCUUGAUACAACUGAUAAAGAAGAUAUGGCUUCAGAAAAACUUAACAGAUGCCCAGUGAAACAAGAUUCUGUGGAAUCUCAGCUGAAGCGAGUUGAUGACACCAGAGUGGAUGCCGAUGAUGUUGUGGAGAAAAUACUGCAGAGUCAAGACUUCAGCCUGGAUUCCAGUGCAGAAGAAGAAGGACUGAGGUUGUUUGUGGGUCCUGGGGGAAGUACAACCUUUGGCAGUCAUCAUCUUCCAAAUAGGGUAGGGUCUGGUGCUUAUGAACAAGUUGUCAUCAAACGCUAGAAGUCAAGCUGCUAAGCAGAAACUUCCCACUGGAUUUGAAGUGUGGGCAGUUGAUGUGUCCAGGCGUUUCAUUCAAGCUGUUCAGAGAAAAUGAACCUGUGGAAAUGGAGUCCGUCUGUCAGGAGGAAAGCUGAUGCUGAUUUCUUCUUGGAGAGUGCCCACCAACCAUCCUUCCCCUCCCACAAGCAGGGGUCAUCAUCCAGCAUGCCAGGGAGAGCACUGCUCCUGUGGUCCUGCACACAGAGGUGAAAAGCCUGCUCUUGCUUUCAGAACAUCCCAGUGAGGAAAACAGCACUUUGAUGCAUCUGCAUUUGUUAUUCAGGUGUAAAAUCUGUGACAAUGGUGCUCAACAGGUUUGGGCUCCAUGUUUUCAUUUCAAAUUUACAUUUGAGAGACAAUAGUGAAUAUAAUUUAAACCCUAUAAUUCCGUCAAGAUAGUUGUGCUCCUGUUAAUGAAAUCUUACAUAUUAUACUACCUACAAGUAUUGUAGUAAGUUUAUGAACUCUUUUUGAUUGAUAUAAAAUGUGAGUGUUCAUGCUUUGGGGAAGUGUUAUACUACAAUUUAAACAUGUAAAAUGCUUAAUAAUCAUUCUGAAUAUAAUCAAAAUGGCAAAUGUGUUUAAGUCAGAGAUAAGUGAAUGAACAUGACACCAUUAUUAUGCAGUGUAUGUUGUUGCUUAUUGUUAAUACCAGGUGAGCUGCAGAGCCCCGCUAGCAUGUAUGGUAUAAAAAACUCAAAAUAAGUGUACUGUUGAAUGUUAGGCUACCAUUAGGCAUCUGAACAGAAGAGCUCUUUUAAAUAAGUGAACGUUAAGAUGUGAAGGUUUCAGAAAUCAAAAUUUUGAACCAGAGGGAAAUGGUGACAUGAUGGAAACAGAGCAGCCUUUUCCAUGUAAAUUCAGGCUUGUCUGAAAAUGAAAACCACCCUGACGUGGUAGCGGGUAGAAGACAGGGACAGCUGCUUGAUGCUCCUGAUGCAGACCUGAGGUUCAGUUCCGCGUGGCCAGGUGUCACUUGUAUGUUUUCUCCCUUAUGGUAUCUGAGGUUGGUUAUUUUUGGGGGGCACGGAUAGAAUUUGUAAAAUCACAAUAUGUGGUCUAGAUCCAGUUUAAUAGCACAGCAGAUAAACCUUAAGAGUUUUUCUGAUCCGACACAACAGUUUCCACUUCUUAGAAUCCCUCAGUCUUUAAAGAAAGAUGGAUUGUAUAGCACUAGCAUUUCCCAGUCUUCACUUCCAAAAUCAUGCCCAAGAAUGACAAUAAUAUUUCAGAAUAGAAUUACUUUGGUUGAAGUAUUUUCAUGUUGGCAAAAUAAGGGACAAAUUAUAUUAUUUUUAGUAUCCAAAUGUAAAGGUUUGGAGAUUUUUGAAUAGUUCUUGUUAGGACUUAUUUUUUUUUUUAUAUUUCAAGGAUUGGAUUGGAUAUUCUAUAUUAAAAUCAAACACUAUUUUUACAAGUAGAUUUUGAAAUUUUUAAAAAGAUGACACCCUGUUUUAGAAUAUUUUGAAUGUUGAAAGAGAAUCAUCUGAGUCAUUAGUUAUACUUUUUAUUUUUUAAGAUUUAUUUUGAAGAAAAACAUUGACCUGAACAUUUUAGUUUAAACAAGGAAAAGUAGUAAAGACUUGUUCUCUUUCUUCAAAUAAAAUUCAUUAUAUAUUAUGGAAAGAGUCAAAGAAAGUUUUUAAUAGAAAGAUGAAGGUAUUGUUUAAAGAAAUAUUUAUUAUGACUUUUUAAAGCAUAUUUUUCUAUUUUCAAAAUAUUAUUUCUUAGCUAUAUUUUUAUUAACACUUCUGCAAAUGCUUUUAUGCUUUUAAAAAUAAUCGAUGUAUAUUGUAAGUGGGGUCCAUUGAGGACAUUUGUCAGAAAUACAAAAGGUGCUGGGAUCAGGACAGGGCCCUUGUCCUCCUGUCUCUCUCCUCCUUGGCUGCCCUUGGCCUGGUGACCUUUAAGUAAGACUGACUCUCAGUAUGCAGAAUAGUACAGAAUUCUUCAACUGUGCAGAGAUUUUGACAAGUAUAAACUUCAUGGCCUUAUAAUUUUAGCAGCUAUCAAUUAAAUUUAUUUUGUAGUAGUAAAUAUAACAAAUAUUUUACUAAAUAUAAACACUGACUAGAAAAAGAAAGGAUUAAUGGUUAUGUCCUCGGAGGUCAGUGGAAGCUUGGAGUUACUCUGCUCCAUCCCUGUGGGUCUGCUUUGCCCUCAGAUUUGAGCACAGCCACUUCAAAGUAUGUGCUGAGAGCUGCCUACUUGUCUGCCUUACUUUCUAGUUUUUCUCUUCAUAGAGCUUGCUUUGCUAAUAUUUUAACCCUGUGGCUAUUGAAAACAAUCUAGUUAUCAAAUACCAAGUCCACUUUUGAUUCUGUUUUGAGUUUAGGAAAUUGGACUGAAAAUUUAGAUUCUUAAUAAUUGACUUUUUAAAUGUUAAAGUUAAAUUUACAAUCACCUAGUCUUGGAGGAUUUGUAGAUGUAUAGGACUUCUUCUAAUUCUCUCCUAGAGAAAAAGGCUGAACAUAUUUCAAAGCUGUAUAUCUAUGACGAGAUAAAUUACAGUCUUAUGCAUCUUGUUUUGGAGAAAGCACAGGCCAGCCUGGAGACCUGCUCCCUGGGACUUGAGCUGUUGACUGAGAGGAGUACAGGGGAGAGAAGGUGCUAGGCCAUCAGUUUACAUUUUAUGGUUGACUCUCCUUGGUGAUUUUGAAGUUCUCUGUGUACAAACAAGCUAAUGUGUAUUUGUGCUUAUGAUUUGAAAAAGCCUUGACCAAGAAUCCCAAACUCCACCAUCCCAUUCCAGUGUAAAACUAGCAGAAUAGGGGGCAGGCAUAAUGGUGCAGUGGGUUAAGCCACUGCUUAGGAUGCUCCCAUCUAGUGUCCGAGUGCCAGUGUGAGUCCUGGCUGCUCUGCUUCCCGUCCAGCUGCCUGCUAAUGUGCCUGGAAGGAUAGCAGAUGAUGAUCCAAAUACUUGGGUCCCUGCUACCCGCAUGGCCCAGCCCUGGCUGUUUUGGUCAUUUGGGGAAUGAACAGGGCGGAUGGAAGAUCUUGCUCGCACUCGCUCUCUAUCACUCUCUCUUUCAUAUAAAUAAAUAAAUAUUUUUAAAAAUGAGAGUAAUAUCUAAAAUAGAGUCUUCUGUAUAUGCUUUUUUUGUACAAAACUAUGGGCCACAGAGGUCAACCACUUAGCCCAUUUGUGGCUACAAAGAAAACAACCUCUGCUAACCACCAGUCAAAACAUAUUCAAAUUCCAGAGGCAGUAAGUUUUAAUAAAGCAUGCAGGAGUAAUUUUAGGCUUUCAGAUUUCCGUGCUGACUAGACCACUGUGUAAGCUCAAGUUGACAGUAUUAUUAAACAUUUUAUUGAAGUGUCACAUCACACUUCUCUGAGACAGACAGGGCUCUUAGGUCUGGGGCAGAGGAGGUGCAUUUUAUUUUCUUAAUGCUCUUUAACUUGGCCAGUUCAGGAAUUGUGCCUGCUCAGCUCUCUUGUUCUCUCCAAUGGUACGUCUUGUGAAUAUAAUCAAGUACUGAAGAUGAAAUUGUGUUAUGCCACUACUCAUGUGUUGGCCUAGGUACUAUGCAUACAUAAUGUUCAUAGCUGAGAUGUUCAAGAACAUGAAGUCUAAAAUAUACAGGAUAAAAUAUACCUAUGUUAAGCCAGAUGUAAGACUGCUCUGGAAACAAACGCUUUAUUUUAUUCCCUUGUGUAUGUGCUUUCCAUAUGAUGUGUACACAGUAUAUUUUAGAUGGUUACGUGGGUGGUCUGCAUAGCUACUCCCACAUACCACGAAGCUGACAAAGCCGUUUACUCCACAUAGUCAUAUUUUCAGAUGUUUAUGUUUACCUUAGGUAUAUAACAAAAAGUUUUCCUACUGGCAAUACUCAUUGACCAAAUCCAUACAGGGGAAGACAUUUAGAGUUCAUACAAGUUGAUGGGUUUUUUUUAAAUACAUCUUAUUUUAAGGAUCACCUUCCUCACAUGUGUUUAUUUGAUCCUUUGGAAGUUGAUACAGUGUGUGGUUAAUCAUGCAAAUGUGUUUGUAAGAUUUUAUUGAAGUGAUUCCAUUAGUAUUCUGAUACUUGGAGAAUGACCUUCAUAUUUAUGUAUUUCUUUGUUUCAAAUGUACAAUGAUAAAUCCUGGAAUUUUUUUUUACAAAAAGCAAUUUUUAAUUUGUAAAGUGUUAAUAAUAAAGGUGAAUCUUAUGUAUGUUCAGUAAAAACCAUAUGUUAAAAGAUUGCAUUUUUUUGUAUGUUUUUAAACAAUCAAUUAAGGGGUAGGCCUUUGGCAUAGCAGUCAAGUCAGCACUGGGGACACCUACAUCCCACAUCAGAGUACAUGAUUCGAGUUCCAGCUCCUCUGCUUCCAAUCCAGCUUCCUGCUCACAGGUACCUGGGAGGUUGCAGGUAAUAAGUGGUUCAAGUACUCAGGUCCCUGCCACACACAUGGGACAUCCAGACUGAAUUCCGAGCUCUUGGCUUCUGUUGCAGGCAUUUAGGAGGUGAACCAGGGUUGAAAAG